AUGCAUCGGCCGGAUCUGUUGGCUUUUCUACUGCCUUUGCUGGCAGCCCCAGUGUUUGCGGGAGAAACUCUAGACUGCGGAAAGAUUCGCGCAGAUGGCCAUACCUUUGAUCUUUCUAAGCUCGGUGGACCGCAUGCGGUCCUGACGACGCGGUUUAAGCCCAGCCCUCCUGAACAUUACAACACAACUUAUACGUUAGAUAUAUGCAAGCCUUUGAAGAAGAAGGGCGGCAAGAAGGAUGAAGAAUGUCCAAACGGCACUCGAGUUUGCGGUAUUACACACCUUCUCAAGCCUGGCGAGAAGGAGGAGAAGGAUGAGAUUACGAAUAUCAUCGCUAUCGCAGGAAAUCUCGAAAACGUCGGCGGCUCUCGAUUCGAUGCUACACCCACGCGACUAAAGACAAGCGACUCAACUUCCGAUAAGGACAAAGAGGGCGUGCGACUAGUCCUCACAGGAGGCAGAGACCCCCUCAAAAAGGGUGAUAUUAAGCAGGUCGAACAAAAGGCCAUUAUCGAGUUCCUAUGCGAUCCCUAG